AUGCAGGCAAUGAAGAAAUACGAAGAGUUUAAAGCCGUUGAGGCCGGUGCAACGGAAUGUAUCUUCAAAAUGGUCAACUCCUCAUUUCUUAGGCCCAGUACAGAUAUUCUAAUUGAUGACAUUCACAGAGUCAUAAUUAUGAUCAAAACACAGUCUGGAUACAUCCAAAGGAUGAUUACGAACGCAAAUAACACCCUGAUGUUUCUCUUGCCAUUUAUGAAUUAUGACGAACUCAACACCAGGUUUGCAGAUAACAAAUCUGAUUUGGUGAAUUUUAUGAAGAAAACAAGGACAUUCCCUGUGAAACACACUGACAAGUACGUGAAAGCAAUAGUUGACGAUAAUAGCAACAAUUUGGGAGCAUUCUUUGGUGUUGUACGACACAACCUGCAUCCACAGCUUCCAUUUGCAUUCGCCCUGAAGUCGAUUUUUGUUGGUGAUGGUGAAUACGCCUAUGUUGCGAUUUUUAUAGAAGAUAAUGCCACAAGAUACCUCUCACAGCUGAUGCUGGUCUCUAAGCUUGGAUCAACCUACAGAAUGUUCAACGUUGAGCCAGGAAAGGCGGAUAUGGAUAUUCGUCCAAGAAGGAAGGUCCUCAUCAAUGCAACUACGAAAUUCAAGGAUGUGACCAAGACCGUAAAGAAGACUGUUGGGACGUCGACUGAAACAACCACAGUUGUCUUUGUAGAGCAUUCGCUGAGGAAGUACAGUCGCAGUCGUGUGGCAUUCAACGUAUUCUGCCUAAUAAUUCUUAUCAUAUUCAUUCUGGUGGGUAUUGCCCUUGGAAUUGUGUGUGCCGUAUUGUACAGGAAGCAUAGAAUGGGAAAGAAUGUUGUAUUGGACGAAGAGAAGGAAAUAAAAGGGGAGUAA